GUGCCCAGGGCAGUUAUGGUGGAUCUGGAGCCUACUGUAGUAGAUGAAGUUCGUACCGGAACCUACCGCCAUUUGUUUCAUCCUGAACAACUGAUAACUGGUAAAGAAGAUGCUGCUAAUAAUUAUGCCAGAGGCCAUUACACAGUAGGAAAAGAAAUCGUAGACUUGGUUCUGGACAGAGUGCGAAAAUGUGCAGACUUGUGUUGUGGAUUGCAGGGUUUUCUCAUAUUCCACUCUUUCGGCGGCGGAACAGGAUCAGGAUUUGCCUCCUUACUCAUGGAACGGCUAUCUCUUGAUUACAAUAAAAGGUCCAAACUCCAGUUUGCCAUCUAUCCAGCACCUCAGGUUUCCACAGCAGUUGUAGAACCUUACAACUCUGUGUUAACAACUCAUACUACACUGGAACAUGCUGAUGCAGCAUUUAUGGUGGAUAACGAGGCUAUCUAUGAUGUCUGUAGACGCAACUUGGACAUCGAUAGGCCAACAUAUACAAAUUUAAAUCGUCUGAUAGCACAAAUUGUUUCGUCGGUGACAGCUUCAUUGCGUUUCGAUGGAGCCCUGAAUGUCGAUUUAAGCGAAUUUCAAACUAACCUUGUACCUUACCCAAGAAUACACUUUCCACUAGCCACUUACGCUCCAAUUAUUUCUGCAGAGAAAGCUUAUCAUGAAUCCAUAUCUGUGGGGGAAAUCACAAACGCUUGUUUUGAACCAGCAAAUCAAAUGGUAAAAUGUGAUCCCCGCCAUGGCAAAUAUAUGGCAUGCUGCAUGCUUUAUCGGGGCGAUAUUGUACCCAAAGAUGUGAACACUGCCAUUGCCAUUAUUAAAACCAAACGAACCAUCCAUUUUGUCGACUGGUGUCCCACUGGCUUCAAGGUUGGCAUCAAUUACCAGCCACCAACAGUCGUACCAGGAGGUGAUUUGGCUAAAGUCCACAGAGCAGUUUGCAUGUUGUCUAAUACAACUGCAAUUGCAGAACCUUGGGCAAGAUUGAACCAUAAAUUUGAUCUGAUGUAUUGCAAACGUGCCUUUGUUCAUUGGUACGUCGGGGAAGGUAUGGAAGAAGGAGAGUUUUCAGAAGCCAGAGAAGAUUUAGCUGCGUUGGAGAAAGAUUACGAAGAAGUCGGUAUGGACAGCGAUGAAAUUUGUGACGCGUGUUGCUGACGAUUGUGGAAAAUAACAUACGGAAAAAUAAUUUUCGUAU